AUGUCUAUUCUCGGAUUCUCUGAACUUUACACAGGUACAGAAGUUACCUUUGCCACACCAUCAGUCCAGAAGUGGGUUAUCGAGGAGAAACUGACCGAAGAUGUCCAACAAAUGACAAAGUGGGAACUUGAUGGUGGCGCUGGGCCUCCCUUUGCCGUGUUUAAAUGUCUCUGUCACAGUGCGGCAGACAGCGACAAGAAGGCGUUCAUGCGAAUCUAUUUCCAGGUUCUUAUUGAAGGAACUGAGUACGAACGCCCCGAGGUUCGACAACGACAGGCCGCUGCACGAAAACAUCGAGAACUAGACGUCCUGAAGGCUCUGCAACUACGACAGUGUCCCGUGGUACCGAGUCUCCUCGCCUAUAAACAAGGAAAACAAGGCAAUGAUGGCCUGGUCCCAGAUGGAUACAUUACACAUAUUGUGUGGGAUAUGGUCCCCGGAAAGUCACUGAACCAGGAUAAAGUCUGGGAUCCUACAUCUGGUCCAUUACGUGAGGCCGUCCGUGCGAAGUUCCGCGUUGUCUGGGAGGAGUUGAGACGAUAUGGAUGGGAGCCAGGUAUGCCCGGGCUGGAGAACAUCAUAUACGACGAGGCUACACAGACGAUGCACAUUGCAGGCUUCCGAGAAUCUGCCUCCCUUGACCCCGAAGAAAAAUUUACAGAUAUGACCUUUGUCGGCUGGGGCUUGGCUAUACCACCUAGGAAGGCUGGUUGGGACAAGGACAGUACUAAGUGGACUUGGUGA